CUAACGCAAGACGAAGGCAGAGUAAUUGGUGCUGAUCCAGAGAAUCUUCCUGAUAGCCCAAAUUCCUCCGAGCUUAGUUGGAAAAGCAGGAAUCGUCAUUUUACGUGGGCUUACUUUGCGUUGACAAUGGCAACCGGGGGCUUCGCCAAUAUCUUCUAUUCAGUACCAUAUCGACUUCAAGGCCUAGAGGCAAUAGGGAUGGUGACCUUCAUCCUUGAUUUAACUGUAUAUAUUUUCGUUUGGGGAUUAAUUUUAACCCGAUUCUAUUAUUAUCCUCACACAUGCAAAGCCUCUUUUCUGCGCCCUACAGAGUCUCUUUUUGUUUCAGCAUCGGCCGUCUCGCUUGAGACGAUCAUGAUUAACAUUUGUUAG